AUGAUACCUGACGUUCCAAACUCAGACUCGGAGCCUGGCCCAUUCGUCCAUCACACAGAUUCCCUAACUUCAAAUACUCUCGAUCUCCAAUCAACCAACAGGGAAGUCAAUCUUCGAAUUGAGGGUGGCCGCAGGCUCCAUGGCGAAGUCACACUUAAGGCUAGCAAAAACGCAGCAGUCGCGCUCCUCUGCGCCAGUUUGUUGAAUUAUGGUGUCACCAAGUUCCUGAAUUUCCCUAGAAUCGAAGAGGCUAUCCGAAUGAUAGAAGUUUUAGAAAGCAUUGGUGUUAAAGUAACCUGGAGGGAAAACAAUACAGUUGAACUCCGUCGGCCAAAGAAACUAAGGUUGGAAAAUUUGGAUGAGGAGGCAGCCCGAAAAACUCGAUCGGUCCUCAUGCUCAUUGGGCCACUGAUGCAAGAUCAUGGGGAAUUCGAUAUACCAUACGCUGGCGGCUGUGAACUAGGAGAGAGAACGGUAAAACCACACCAAUACGCACUAGAGGAAUUCGGUGUCAGUAUCACCGCGACCAAUAAUCGAUACAUUGUUAAAGUUGAUAAAAAAGCACCAGGGGAAAUGACGUUAUAUGAGAGCGGAAAUACUGUCACGAACAACACAAUUCUAGCGGCUGCUUGCACGACAGAAGAAACAUUCAUACAGGCGGCGAGUUGCGACUAUAUGGUUCAAGACCUUUGCUAUUUCUUGCAAAAGAUCGGGGUCGAAAUAGAAGGUAUUGGAACUCCGCUUCUUCAUAUCAGGGGUUUACCGAGAAUCAAGAAGACCGUCGAAUAUACUCCGACAGAGGAUCCGAUAGAAGCUAUGUUCUUCAUAUCUGCUGCAGUCACAACUGACUCGGAAAUCACGAUCAAAAGGGUUCCCUUCCGCUGGAUUGCACUUGAGUUAAUGAAGUUGAAGAAAAUGGGGUUGCGGUAUACAAUGUCGUCGUCCUACAAAGCAGCGAAUGGUUAUGUCGACCUAGCCGACUUGACCAUCCACCGACAUGAAGGGAAACUUUCUGCCCUCCCUGACAAGCUACAUCCUAACAUUUGGCCUGGCUUGAACCCAGAUAGUCUACCAUAUUUUGUUCCUAUAGCCGGAGUUGCAACAGGGCGAACACUGAUCCACGAUUGGAUCUACGAACGGCGUGCUAUAUACUACGCGGAGCUAUCCAAACUAGGCGUCAGGGUGGAGCUUCUAGAUCAACAUCGAGUCCAUGUCCAAGGGCCCAACGAGCUUGUAAAGGCAAAUUUGUCAUGCCCACCGGCGCUCAGGCCGGCGAGUUUACUUCUCAUAGGGAUGCUAGCAGCAAGAGGAAUGUCGAUUCUAAGGAAUACCUAUGUAAUAAAUCGGGGUUAUGAGGAUCUGGCAGCACGGUUAAACAUGCUCGGUGCAAGCAUAGAGGUUUUCUCUUAG